AUGCAGGUGUGGCUGGCAGCAAGUCCAUCACUGAGUGAGCGCCAAUGCCCCAAGAGUUGUCGUUGUGAUGGAAAAAUUGUCUACUGUGAGUCAAGCGCCUUUCGUGAUGUCCCCAAGAACCUCUCAGGAGGCUGCGAGGGUCUGUCUUUACGGUACAACAGUCUCUCCGGCCUUCGUGCAGGCCAGUUUGUAGGCCUCAAUCAUCUUAUCUGGCUCUACCUGGACCAUAAUUACAUUGCUUCUGUGGAUGGAUUGGCCUUCCAGGGCAUUCGCAGGCUUAAAGAGCUCAUCUUAAGUUCAAACAAGAUCACAUCACUCCAUAACACGACAUUCCAUCCCGUUCCUAACUUGCGGAAUCUGGACUUGUCGUACAACAAACUGCAAGCCCUUCAACCUGGGCAGUUCCAGGGCCUACGGAAACUUCUCAGUCUUCACAUCCGUUCAAAUUCCCUGAAAAUGAUCCCAAUGCGUCUGUUCCAAGAUUGUAGAAAUCUUGAGUUUCUCGAUUUGGGUUACAACCGUCUGCGCAGUAUCAGUCGGAAUGCAUUUUCAGGCCUUGUCAAACUCACUGAGCUGCACCUGGAGCAUAAUCAGUUCUCAAAGAUCAAUUUCUCUCACUUCCCUCGCCUCUACAAUUUGCGGGCUCUGUAUCUGCAAUGGAAUCGCAUUCGUUCAAUGAGCCAGGGCCUUACCUGGACCUGGGCCUCUGUUCAGAAACUGGAUCUGUCGGGGAAUGAGCUGACCGAGGUGGAUGCAGUGGUUUACCAAUGCUUGCCCAACCUUCAGACCCUCAACCUGGACUCCAACAAGUUGACCAAUGUUUCUCAGGAGGUGGUUGAUGCUUGGAUCUCUUUGACUAUGAUAAGUCUGGCCGGAAAUGUAUGGGACUGCAGCCCCGCUAUUUGUCCUCUGGUUACUUGGCUAAGAAACUUUAGAGGGGCAAAAGAGACCACCAUGAUUUGCGCCUCCCCUAAGAAAGCUCAGGGCGAGAAGGUGAUGGAUGCUGUUGAUGCCUUUGGUGUUUGUCAAUCAAGCCAAGCAACAACGCUCACAGUGAGUAUUCCUCCGAACCCAUCCAGCAUACCCGUGCAGACAGAGCACCGGCCAGCCAUACCAGCUUUACCAACGAGCUCCGGAAAGAGAGCUGAGGAAUCCCUCAGGGGUCCCACAUCAUCAGCAGUCACCCCACCUGUGGUUCCUCCUCCAGAGCAAGAUUUGGAACCUGUCUCUUUCCAUAAGAUCGUGGCUGGAAGUGUUGCCCUUUUUCUAUCAGUUGCAAUGAUCCUAUUGGUAAUCUAUGUAUCCUGGAAGCGCUAUCCCAGCAGCGUGAAGCAGCUGCAGGAGCACACAGCAGCAGCACGCAAACGUCGCAAGAAACCGAGAGAGACAGAGCGCACCCUGAGCUCUCCCCUGCAGGAGUACUAUGUGGACUACAAGCCUACCAAUUCCGAGGCCAUGGAUGUGCUAGUGAAUGGGACUGGACCAUGUACCUAUACCAUCUCAGGCUCUCGAGAAUGUGAGAAGAAGCGGGAUACAUUUCGAGACCGAGGCCAGAGGGAGGCUGUCACCACGCCACCGCCCUUACCUCGGCGUAAUAUUGCUUCAAAUGUCAAAGCGUGGUCCUGA